GCAAAAUGUAAACAAAUACUUUUUUCAUUUCAAAAUAAGUUUUAAUAGCAAAAAAAUAUUUUUUCAUCUUCAGCAUGGAUAAAUGUUUGCUUUGUUUAUCCAUGGAUAAAUUGUUUAUAAAAAUUAAUUCAUUGCAAUGGCAAGAAUUCGAUGUAAAGUAUUUAAUAACUAAACAUUUGUGGCCCAUGGAAUUUGCAAUACCCACAACAGGUGUUUGUCGAAAGUGUUGGCAAGAACUAUAUAACUUUAAUAAGUUCUAUAAGGAAAUACAAGAGUCUCACUAUAAAUUUGAUCUUAUUAAAAGUUUUAAUGAAAAAGAAUUACAAGAAUCUAAAGAAGAAACCUAUGAGGAGGAAUUAAAAACUCUCGAUCAUCUGAAAAAUAAAACAGAAAUAACACAAAACUCCAUUGAAUACGAGAUAGAAGAAAUCGAACAAAUUGAAAUAAAACAAGAUCAAACUACUGAAAUUACAACAGAGGAUCCCCUUAAUGAACUACGAGAAUUUAAAUCAGUUGGAGAUAAUAUCGAUUAUCACCAACAGGAAAACAGUUUAAUGGACAGUUCACAUUCAGAUUUGGAAACUUUGGAAAAUAAAGACGUCACUGCAGCAACAAAUUUUAAUGAAUACAAAAUUGAUGAAAAGGAUAAAUUUAUUGCGGAAAACUUUAAUAUCAACUGCUGUUUAUGCCAAAUUACCAUGAAAACAUUCCAUGAGAUGUGUCAACAUUUCAAAGUAAAACACAAAAUUCGUGGUUAUGUGAUAUGUUGCAACAAAAAGAUUUUUAGACGUUGCUAUCUGCUCGAUCAUAUAAAUUUCCAUUUAAAUCCAAACUAUUUUAAAUGCAAUCAAUGCGAUAAGGUUUUAGCCGAUCGCUUAUGCUUAAAAUCCCAUUUGAAGACGCAUGAAGAUAGUGUGGCAAAAAAUCAUUCUUGCGAUAUAUGUGGCAAGAGUUUUAUGUGUCAAUCGAAAUUGAAAAUUCACAAAACAACACAUUUGCCCGAAGAAGAAAAACCAUUUUCUUGUACAGAUUGCGGAAAAAAAUUUGCCAACAAAUAUCUACUAUCAAAUCAUGUACAUGCGGUACAUUUAAAGGUUUAUGCCAAAAUAUGCGAUAUUUGUGGAAAAUCUUUAAGUUCAACGGAUGAUUUGGAGCGACAUAUGUUAGAGCAUGAAGGUAAACCAGCACCUAUGUUUAGUUGCGAAAUAUGUGGACUGAUUCUAACAAGUACGAAAGGUUUGAAACGACACAAAAACACAAUACAUCCAGUAGGUGGACAUCAGGAAUAUACUUGUACAAUUUGCUCAAAGAUAUCACCGAAUAUUAUGGCCCAUAAAAGACAUAUCAAGUUUUCACAUGUUAUGGGUUUAGACCAUAAGUGUAAAAUAUGUGAAAAGGCUUUUAAAAAAGCAAGAACUUUAAAGGAACAUAUGGCUACGCAUACAGGAACAGUUUUAUAUACAUGCAGCUGGUGUCCAAAAACAUUCAAUUCAAAUGCUAAUAUGCAUAGUCAUCGUAAAAAGAUGCAUCCUGUAGAAUGGUUGGAGGCAACAAGCAAAAAAUAUACUGAUAAUUUAUUACCAAAACAAAAAUACAAAUAAAUUUAUUUAUUACAAAUAAAAAUAUUUAUUACCUUUGUUUUAUGUU